UGCGCUUAAAUGAUAUCUGAACACAAUAAAUAUGUUUCUAAUCUGAAAUGUCAUGAAAUACCAUAGAAUUGUAUCUACUAUUUUCAGGGCAAAAUCUCACCUCAUUUCUCUAAGGGGAGAAAGUUCUAAAUUGCUCGAUGCAGCAGGUGGCAGGAAGUUAGAUUUUUCUCCAUCCUUUUUACGGUCACGGCUGUUGGCUGCUGCUCCGAAGUUGGAUGUCUUCAUUGAAACGAAGUCACUCGGGAUAACGCUCCGCUUCAUGAUGAACCCCCUCUGUGAUCAAGUGAAUUUUAGCUAGCUGAAGACUUUAAGGAAGGUUCCGCUCUCUGUCGCAAUGUUGUUGAGAAUGACUUCAGAAAAUAGAAAACCUCGGGAUGAUUCAAGUCCUCCUGCACCAUGUGCUCUGUGGCCUGUGGACCUACAGUUAACGCAUGUGAGCUGCAACCCAGGGGAUACACUGGUGCACUUUCAGGGCCAAUAUCUCACAAUAUGUGAACUGGACUAUAACAUACUGCAAGUGGAAAUACAGAAUGCACAGAAAAAACAGAUGGCGGUGGAAGUGGGGGAGUUCUGUUUGGUAGAGGAUGUCCUAUCUACCCGGUGGUACAGAGGAAGGGUUCAGAACAAACAGAAAGAAUUGUUUGACGUGUUCCUCAUAGACCAUGGGAAUGUUCUGAGUGUUGAUGCCAGCCAUUUGGCCACAGCUUUGGAUGAGCUCUUCAUGCUUCCUCCCAAAAUCAUCUGUGGUUUCUUUGCAAAUGUGUUACCAUUGAGAGAAAAUUGGGAUUCUUUUUCAGAGACGUAUUUUGCUUCCUUGAUUGGAAGUAAUGUCAAAGGAUACAUCCAAGCCUUUCUUCCUCACAAAGUCCUCAUACUAGAAGCCCCAGAUAUCAACAAGGAUCUCUUUAGGCUGAACUUAGGGAAACACAUGGACACAGACACAUUCCUUCUCUUGGUGGAAUUGUUGACAGAGGUACCACUCAAGCAGAGCAUUGAACCUGUCCCGGAUCUACUGAUUGAAAAGCAUGGUGGACAAGAAUUCUCAUUCAAAUCAUCCAGCUUGAAAGGUUUUGAGGAUAUUCUGUCAUUUUCAGGCCCUAAGUUGACCACUGGCAAAAAAGUGAGGGUUAGGGUAACCGCUGCAGUGAACCCUGUUACAUUCUACUGUCAAAUGACAAGUAUGGCAAAAGAUCUGAAACGGAUGUCAGACAAAUUGGCAUUGUCCUGUGAGUCCAAGAGCAAAGACCCCAGUCUACAGCCAGCAGAAAAUAUGGGCUUGCUUUGCUCAGUCAAAGGAAAAGAUGAGAAGUGGCAUAGAGGCUUUGUGCAGUUUCUCCCUGUAAACUCUAAAGUAAGAGUAUUGUUUGUUGAUUACGGAUUCUGUGAGUCUGUGAAAAUUGAGAAUGUCCUCCAGCUUCCACUAGAUUUUCUCUCAACACCAAUCAUGGCAUUCCCGUGCGCUCUUUCCUGCCUGAAUGGACAAGAUAAGGCAGUGAAGAUCCAGCAGCUGACUUGCUUCAAGAAAGGAUUGCUGGGUGGAGUAUUAGAUGUUGAAAUCAAUGGCUUUGACAAAGAGCAGAAUCUCUAUUCGGUCACAGUGCUCAGUGCUGAAGACUAUGCAGCUGUUGAGGCAGGGCCAAUUCAAGAUGUCCCUGGACAAAGGGAGUGUGACUUUGUUCUUGAAAGUGAGCCUGCUUUCCCUCUAAAUGGCUACCUGUAUUAUGAGACCGCAAUAAUCCAAGCAAUGGAUAAUUCAGUCAUUGUUGAGGAAAUGCAAGAGGACUCUGUGUUUGAAGGAUACGUGGAGCAUGUCCUGAAUCCAGGUGCGUUCUGGUUGAGAACACAGAAACGCAACAUAGACUUUGAAGAGAUGAUGGAGAACAUGGCCAAGCACUUCAGCCAAGUCCAAUUGGAUGAAGAAAUUCUGGAGAAUCCAGAGCCUGGUGCACUUUGCUGUGCAAUGUAUGAGCUGGAUAUGCAUUACUACAGAGCAAUGGUGACAGACACUCUUGACAAUGGAGCUGAAGUAUUUUUCAUUGAUUUUGGAAAUACAGAAAAGGUACCACGCAUGUGCAUCAAGCAGAUCCCGGACAAGUUUACUAUUGAACCAGCAUUUGCCCUGAGUUGUUCUCUGGUGAAUGUCAUGCCUUUCGACGAUGUAUGGACGAUCUCUGCAACCGACUACUUCCGACGAGCAGUCUCCAGCAAAACUCUCCUUGUGCAUGUUGUCCACAUAAGGAAAGAUCUAUAUGUGGUUGAUUUGUAUGAGCUUGAAAACAACUCAUCACAAAGAGCAUCAAAGAGCAUCACAGAGCUCUUGACCACAACAAAUCAUGCAGAAUUUUGGAAAUACACUCCUUCGGCGCCUGUGAUACUUAAGAGCGAGAUGGAGAAGAAAAUGAUGAAACCGAAGACCGGUAAAAAAGGACAAGUUCAUACAAAUGGAUCAAGCACAAGUGGAAUUACAAGGAAACCUCCCAAAGAGACAUGGGAAAUUUCUGAAUUGUUUGGCUGUGAAAAGAAACCUGAAAGCCCGAAGUCAAGCACCCUAAAAGACAAGGCACCAGCGGUGAAAUUCAAAGCACAGACAUUCAAGCCCGGAAGUGAGCUAGUUGUGCGAUGCUCUCACGUCAACACACCCUCAGAUUUUUGGUGCCAGCUGGAAAGCAAGAUCCCCAACUUGGAGGACAUGAUGGAAGCGAUUCAGCGGUAUUACCAAGCACACACACUUCCUGUGCAGUUAAAUGAUUCCUGUUGUGUUACCAAAUCUAAAGAUGACGGCAGAUGGUAUAGGGCCUGCAUUAUAGGAGCACAGAGAGAUGAAGUUGAAAUUAUAUUUGUGGACUACGGGAUUAUAUCAAAAGAGAGCGUGCACAAUCUUCAAGCAAUAGUGCCAGAAUUCCUUGAUCUUGAGGGGCAAGCAUUUAGAUGUAGCCUUUACAACUUGAUUGAACCUGCAAAGGGCAGUGAUAGUGAUUGGGGCAGAGAGGCAUGCGAUUUACUGAAGUACUUCGCUCAAGGCCAGUCAGUGAAGUUGACAUGCUAUAUACACGCUCAACUGUAUGUGAAAAACAAGGGCCUGUGCAAUGUUGUCGACCUCCACAACACUCAACAGAAUGCAACAAAGAAGCUUGUGGAAAAAGGUCUUGCAAGAGAAGUGCAAACCCCUAUGCAGCUUAUGCCAUCAGUAUGCCCAGACUCUUUUGUCCAUUCUUCCUUCAACUUGAGAUGUGGAAGUGAAGAGCAAGUCUGUGUCACUCAUGUGUGCAGUCCAUGGGAGAUGUAUUGCCAGUUGGACAGAAAUACUGAAAUGAUCGACAACUUGAUGGAGAAAGUCGCCACAGAAAGUAAAGAAAUACUGCGUGCCAACUCUGGGCCUGAAAUCGGAAAACUUUGCUUGGCAAAAUAUUACGGUGAUGGCAAAUGGUACAGGGGUGUGGCUUGCCCUGUUCAAUCUACUACGCUGCUUCUAAAUGUGUUUUUUGUGGACUAUGGAAACAUGCAUAUUGUUGAAAAAAACAAUGCUGUAUCUAUUCCCAGACAUUCAGCAGAUUUACUGUUCACUCCCAUGCAGGCAUUAAGAUGCAGUCUCUCUCAAAUCCCGAAAGAGGACAACUUUGCAGAUGUCAACAAAUGGCUAGAGAAAUCCAUUCUCAACAAGCCACUUAGAGCUGUCGUUGCAGGAAAGAAUGAGGAUGGGACAGUCUUUUUCGAUCUGUUUGAUGGAGGCAUAAACAUCAAUGAGAAAGUCAAGGAGCUCAUUGCAAGUCAAAAACCAAAGGAGGAGAAAAGCAGUAGACCUGUGACUGGUCAUGAAGGACACAAAGAACAAACGAAGAACAACAUUGGAAAAACUCAAGCGGGACAGCAUCUGAAACCCACAUGCAAGGGCAGCCAACAUCACCAACAUCAAAAUAAGAAGUCUUCAAAUGCUCAAAAAGCAAACCCACCAAAGCGUCCUGAUGCCCAGCAAGAUUGGAAAGGGCAAAGUGAAAGAAUCGCUCAGUUCAAAUCUGAGGAAAGCACAGAAGGAAAAACGGAUCAACAUGUAGACCGUUCCUCCAAACUCACAGGAACCGUUUGCUCUGUCCAAUUUCCAAAACUUUCACAACUACCCUCCAAUCCCAAAAUAAAGUCUGGAUUCCGAGGUCUGGGGUUUGUUUCCCAUAUCAAUACCUUCGACAGCUUUUUUAUCCAAAUGCAAGAUGAUGAACAAUCCAUUCUGAAAAUGAGAGAAGACCUCAACACUGAGCUGUUUAAAGAAACCAUGGGGAACAGCACAUUGGACUUCAGAAGGAAUAACCUUGUUGCUGCUGAAUAUGAAGAGGAUGGUGCACUUUACCGUGCAGUUGUGACAGAUAAUGCGUCUAAUGACCAUUUCAAGGUGGAGUUUGUUGACUAUGGAAAUACAGCCACUGUGACUAAGGACAAAAUGUACACUCUGACAAGUGUUUUUUUGUCGCAACAUAGACUAAGCAUACCCUGUUCAUUGCUAAACAGUGGCUCUUAUAAAAGUGAUGCCUCUUUCACUGAUGCAGUAAUGGGAAAACCUCUCAUGGUUGAAAUUGUCAGUCGUUUUGGGACACAGUGGGAGGUUAACGUUGAGAUCCAACAGGACAACCCAACACUUGACAAUGAUGUGACUGAAAAUGAACAGGUCCAAGCUUUGUGUGCAAGCCUAGUUGACACAGUUAAAAAGCAAACAAGAGUAACCAUCAAGGACGAUAGCCGGUCCAAUACACAUUCUGAGAGGGUUAUGUUCACUGCUCAAGGUGAAAAGGUCUUGCAGAAUGUGCCCCUAAGGCCCUCGCCAACUAGGCACAAACAUGACAUUUGCAAACACCAGGACUCCAAUCAACUCCAAUCAACAACGUUUGGACCAUCUAUGGAGGCCGUGAAGGAUAUGGCCAUUCCACCACAGGAUAUAAGAGCCGGACAGGCAGAGAGUGGGACAUUGUUGUCCAUCUUGGAGAAUGGAGAUCUAUAUCUAAGACUCCACAGCACCACAGAACAGUUUACUGUACUUGAGAAUCUCAUAGUUGAACAUUUGUCUAAGUGCAAAGUCAUGUCUGAGAAGAAUGUCAAAGAAGGACUUCAAUGCUUGGCAAAAUCAACCAAAGAUGACCAGUGGCACAGAGCAGUUGUACGGCAUGCUUCUAAUGACCAAGGAAAAUGCGUUGUGUUCCUUGUGGAUCAUGGCACUGCAGAGGACGUCCCAAUGGGCUGCAUCAUAGACCUCUGUAAUGACCUCAAGCAAACUCCUGUGCAAGCAGUCUUGUGCAAGUGGAAUAGCCCUGGCCACCCUAUCAGCGACGCUUAUGAGAUAUUGAAGAAAACUCUGAAACAAAUGGUAGGCAAGGAUGUAAAACUGAUGUUUGUGUCCUACUCUGAAGCUGAUAACUUGUGGAUGGUCGAAAUCAUGAUAAAUGGACUGUUCCUUGUUCAGCAAAUGAAGACUGCAACUUCUGAAUUUACUGAAGAAAGACCAAUCCCCACAAAGACUCAAACUGUAACCCCAAAAGAGAAAAACUCCAACUUGGACAACAGUCCCCAGAGGUUCUUCCUUUCCCCAGUGAACAUGGAUCUGGGAUACUCCGGCUUUGCAGCUGCAGUCACCACACCAAGUGAAUUCUACAUUGUUCUGGAAGAUUUGCUUCUCAUCAUGAACAAUGUGUCUACGAUUCUUGAGGAUCUUCCAAAGGAGCUGUUGCCAUUGCAUGAAGAACACCUAAUUCCAGGGUCAUGCUGCCUUGUGAGGUCUGAUAGUAAGAACAAAUGGUGCCGAGCUGAAAUCGUCCAUUCCGAUAGCACAGCGGUUGUGAUCAAUUUGGUUGACUAUGGCCAUUGUGUGGACAUGCCGUACAAAGAUUGGUCUGAGCUGAGAAGACUUCCUGACCAGUUGACCAGGCUACCAAAGGUCACGUAUCCAUGCACUUUGAGAGGAGUAAAAUCAGUCGAGGGGCAAUGGACAGAUGAAGCAGUUAUUUUCUUUCAAGAGUGCAUCUGUAAGAAAAACCUUCAAAUAUACUUCAGGCAGUACAUUUCUGAAGCACACUGGGAGGUGGACAUUGUAGCAGAUGGCGUUCACGUGGCUAAAGACCUGGUUGAUGCUGGCCAUGCAGAAUACAUCGACAUCAUGCUUGGACUGAGAUUUCAAGAACAACGCCCCAUCAGAGCCCCUGAACAGAAAGAAGGCAUGAGUCGUGUAGAGAGAACAUCCAAAGUGGAACCGGAAAUGACACCACCUAGGACGAACAAAUUCCUGAGAAGACUGAAUGAAGAACUAGAACUCGAUGGACACACUUCAAGUGAGGCUGCCUUCCAUGGGCAAGGAUUUGAAAAAGCAAGCGAGAAGACAGCCCGUGCUACUGAGUACCCUGAUGGCCAAGAAGCAGAGAUGAUGACACACUGUAGCACAAUGACUGGAACAAGACAUUGUGCCCUGAUGUGACUACUGGUUAGUUGUGACUACCAGUGAGACGCUACUCCAUAUCAGGUUGUGUGACAAGCGCGUGAAGAGGAGCGAAGGACUACAACACUAUUCCAGACAUUUUCGUUCAGAAAGACUAAAUGCACGACAAGCCAUCAUGCUUCUGAUGAUUGGAAUUUUCUCUUGGGUCAAGAUUAAUGCAGCAGUUAAAAUCCUCUAUAUUCUAUUUUUCUACACAUGGUUGUAUUUAUAUCAGUGGUUCACACUUUUAAGGAUGGCUUAAGUUAUCUAAAUUAAGAUUUCAGUAUGACAUCUCCUUUUUGCAGUAUAUCUGAAAGAAAAUCAAAUGUGUUGCAACAGAUUUGCUUUUGGACUGAUACAGUUUAGGCCUAGAUUCAACCAGAUUAAAUGUUAAACAGUGAUAGAUGAUACCUUGCACAGCUGAUGUUUUGGUGGUGUCAGAGGUGUAAUUGAAAUGGAGCUGUCAAAUCGGUGAGCUGCUGCUCUUGUAAUCUUUGUCAUGAAGCUACACCCGUUCCACUCGCUUUAAAGUUCAACAUGAGAAAGUGUAGACUAUAUAGAAAUAAUCACUCAAAUUUGAAAAUCAUUAAACAAAAUUAGGAUUUCUAUCAGCCUCAUUGAGGUGUAGAUUACACCUCACAUCCCAGUGUUUGAAGUUGUGAACAAGGCUGCAUGGGAUUUCUCAUAAUGACUGUGUAGCCAAUGGCAAUGUCCGCUUUAGGUAUAAUGGCGGGAGCUGCUUGUGGAUUUGACAGCUCUAGCGCAGUUCCACCUCCGACACGUCUGAUAGAAUCUAGCCCUUAGUCUUGAUAUUUGUGAAUAAUAAAUAACUGAAGUGGAAUGCCUGCCUUUUGCUUAUGAAACAAUAUGGUUUGGAUAUAUGCAUAGUUGUUGACAAUGUUUUUAAAGGUUGAGUUGCAUACCUUUUUCAAGCAUUUUCCAGCAGUUAUACAUUAUAAAAUGUAGGCAACAAUCUUCUAAAAUGUUAUGACUACUGACUAGUCAAGUUUGUGAUUUGAUAGGCCUACUUUUUUUUAUUUGGUUUUGAUGCCACAUCUGUCUUUACAGUAUGGUUUGUACUGUAAUCAAUGUUAUUUCUGUGGCAAAUAACAUGUAUGCCUUUGACAGAAGAACCUUACAAAUGUAAAUAAUUGUUGCAAGUAACAUGUUUGUCUUUGAGAAAUAACCUUACUCAUUUAAAUAAUUGAUACCAUUUCAUCUUAUUUUAGUUAUUUGUUAGAUGACACAGUUGGUUGUGAAUAAUUCAAUAAAGAAUCCACACGUAUAACAAUCGUUCAUUAAACAAAUGCUUUGCACAUUUAAAA